ACAAGCUAAUUUUUAUUGUAAAUCAGGUCACAUAGUCCACUGAGAGCCAAACAGGAUGGCAUCGACGGUCUUCCAGCUGACGGGAUUGCUCCUGGGCCUCGUCGGCUGGUGUCUGGAGUCCAGUUGUGUGAACUCAGCGGUGUGGAGGAGAGGCAGUCACGCUGAAGCCGUGUUGACCUCCAGCUCGUACUUCGAAGGACUGUGGAUGACGUGUGCGUCUAACUCUCUCGGGGCCGUUCACUGCCAGAGGUUCAAGACCAUCCUGGGCCUUCCAGGAUACAUCCAGGCCUGUCGAGCUCUGAUGAUAAUCGCGCUGGUUCUGGGUUUGCUGUCCGUGGUUCUGGCCACGAUGGGCCUGAAGUGCACUAAACUGGGCAGCACGUCUGAGGAGUCCAAGGGCAAAAUCAGCCUCACAGCUGGAGUGAUGUUCAUGCUGUCAGGUUUGUGUGUGAUGGUAGCGGUGUCGUGGUACGCCGCUCGAGUCGUUCAGGAGUUUAAUGAUCCUUUCUACGGAGGCACGAAGUAUGAGCUGGGUGUGGGUCUGUAUCUGGGAUGGGCCGCUGGAGCUCUGGCUAUAUUGGGAGGAGGAAUCCUGUGUACGUCAUUUAAGAGUUCGGCACCUGCACAAACACGGGCUCAGAGUUAUAACUACAGCGCUUCACAGCCGCAGAAGAUCUACAGAUCAGCGCCGUCAGAGAACACCCUCUCCAAAGCUUAUGUCUGAGGGGAAUCUUUUUCCUUUCCUUUCCUUUUUUUUUUUUUUUUUUACAAGGACAUGCUUUUUUAGUACUUGCAUCUUAAAACUCAGCCUUAUGUAACUCCCAAACGUUCUUGAAAGUGGUAUUGCCCUCAUAGUCAGUCAUGUUAUAUAAAAUAC